GCCGAGAGGAGUUAAAUCUGAAGCUCCCUCAACCGUCCUGGAGGAGUUCUGAGAUACCGCCGGAGGCCACACGACUACAGAUCUAGCUAGGGGGGAGGAGGGAUCUGCGGGAACAGGGAUCGAUGGAGUUUGGUGUGGCCGCAUUUGGGGCCAUAGUUAGCGUCGCCUUGACAAAGCUCUGCUCGGUAAAAGAGAAGAAGCUGAAAUCUGAUGCUAUACUCAUCAGCAAUAAACUCCAGAUGAUCACCGCUAUCAUGAAAGAUCAUGAUCGUAAGGGUGGACGUUCCAGUUGGGUGCAGAUAGGAUUGAUUGCACAACUGAGGCUAUUGGCAUAUGACAUAGAAGACAGCGUAGACUGCUUCCAUGCCAAUAAGACGAACACAGAAGAUUUUGCCACACAGAUUCGUGAACUCAAGAUUAGAUCAGAAGAUAUGAGAGCUGAGAUAAUGGCUCUUGCCGCCACACAGAUUUGUCUGGGUCAGUCUAUACAAGAUGAUGUCGUCCCCACACAGAGAUUGAACCCCCCUGGUAACGUCAACUGCUUGCUAUAUUUCUGCUUGUUCCCUCAUAAUCAUCAUGUCAGGACAAAGCCCCUAGUAAGGAGAUGGCUGGCUGAGGGACUAGUACAGCGAGAAAAGGAUGCUGUCACAAAUCUGAAAAUGUUCAUAAAAUCAAGUAUCAUCAGUUCAACCCAGACAAGCAACAAUGGGAAGGUGAGGAGAUGCCAACCUACUGACCUGAUGCUACCAUACAUCUCCCAACAAUCUAUGUCCGAGUAUUCCAUACUGUUCUGUGAUGGAGCGGCCCAACAAUUGCUGGCCGAACCAUCGCAGGCGGAAUGGUUGCAGGCCCAAGCCGCCCGCAGGUUAUCGGUGCAUCCUGCUGCAAAUGGCGAACUAAAUUUGCCUCAGGAUUUAUCUCGUCUCCGGACCCUGGCUGUAUUCCCUGGUAAGGAGGCCAAUCUCGCCAGCUAUGAAGCUGUUCUUGAUUUUUCCAAGUAUAAAGUGCUGCGGGUGUUGGAUCUGAAAGAAUGUGCUGACAUGAGCGAAGAACAUCUCAGAGAUAUCUGGAGUCAGGUGCUGAUGAAAUAUCUGAGCAUCAAUUCGGGUACAGUUGAUCGGAUUGGACGGGACAUUGGGUAUCUGGAUCAGCUAGAGACGCUCGAUCUGAGUGGAAGCGAAAAAGUGAUGGUGUUCAAAGAAGUCCUGCUGCUGCCCAAACUGAAGCACCUCCUCGGGAAGUUCCAGCUUUCUAGAAGAGACACCCUCUCUGUUCCUGUAUUGGGAUGGUUUGAAUCGGGUCUAGAGAAGUUCCUGAGAGAGAAGAGUGUGCUGGAGACGCUCGCAGGAUUUGUCACCGAUGGGAGAGCAGGAUUUCCACAGCUGAUGAGAUGUAUGAGGAUGCUGCGGAAGGUGAAGAUAUGGUGCAAAUCCGACGCAAGUGAAGAAAACCUGGACGCGAUUUCAAAGACCAUUACGAAAUUCAUUCGUGAUGCGACGGCUGAUCCUCUUCGUGGUCGGUCCUUAUCGAUCGACUUCGUCGAAUGCCCCAGGCAUUUCGUGAAUACUAUAAACUCACAUGAUUCCAAAGGCAUACUGGCCUCGCUCAAGCUGUGCGGCAAACUGAGCGAAUUCCCUAAGUUUGUUGCACAGCUAAGUGUUAUCAAGGAGCUGUGCCUUUGUUUGACUGGUCUGACCUGGGAUGUUAUUCGAGACGGGCUGGCCGAUGUGAGGGGACUGAAAUAUCUGAAGCUUAUUGAAGAUAAUCUUGGGUCUAUAGACAUACUGUCUGAAGCUGACCACCUCAAAGCCAUUAAGCGGAUAUACAUCGUGUGCAAGCAAAUGCUGAAAGUAGCAAUCGCCGCGGUCCCGCUGCCUAAUCUUGUGUCAGUUCAUAUCCUCUGUCAAGAUCUGCAUGCUAUUCCUGGAACUUCUGGCAUCGAAAUCACAAACAUGAAAAAACUGGAGGAAGUCGCGCUCCAUCCUAAUCUCAACAGAGCGAUAAGCACUGAACUGCAACAAGCUGCAAAGGGCCAUGACAAUAAGCCCAAGGUUUCAUUCAUUGACUAUCCCCAAUAAUUCAGACUUAAAUCAAACACGGCCAUAUCAGCAGUUAAUGGAGUCAAACUUCGGCUUUGCUACCCGGAUUGGCACAACAACUUAAGCAGGAUGCUGCUUCUCUUGUGUGAUGUUUUUCAUUAUUAUAUUAUGAUUAAUUACUGCAUAUAUACUGUUGAAUGUAUCUUCUCGAAGUUACUCGUGCGUCGGUUGUUGUAUCUAGUAAAUGUUUGAGAGACAUGAAUCCCUCAUAUUGUUGUGCAUUUAAUUUUAUUACUUCAAAUCAAGAGCUUUGGUAUUAA